AUGACCACACUUUCUCCCCUUGUAAAGCUGACCUCUUGGCUGUUCAACAUACGUCGCAGCAAGACUACCACCACAAACAUGGCCGGUAUCACAGAGUUGUCCGAGCUGCAGCGCGCCGCUCUACAAGGCAUCCAAAUUGGCGACCUCAUCUACGUCGAGAAGGUCUUCGUACCAGUCUACAAUGGGGACGGCGAAGGCGACGAGGACAACGAGGAUGAUUCUGACUCGGAGAGCGAGGGUGGAGAGGGUGCUGAAGACAGUACUGAGCAGGCCGCAGGUGACGAAUCACAUGAUGGUGAGAAUGAGCAGAAUCAGGGCGACGAUGAGGACAGCAUCAGCCAGAGUGGCAACGAGAGCAGUGAUAGGAGUGUCGCCAACGCCUCGAGCCAUACAUCUCUCUCCGACAUCUCGGCCACACCACCACGGGUGUACGCCGUGUCGCACAUUACCACAGACACAAACGACAGCAUCGUCGACCUCCAGCUCUCUCACCUACAAUACUCGCACAAGACGUCCGCUGACGCUACUGGCCACACUUACCAGAUCUACGGCAAGAAGGUGGUUCACCAACAUCCACCUACAUGUGGCAAAGACUGCCCCAAUACUUCCCGCAUCAUUGACAUCGCCACCGACGAAACUUUCCGCCUUACUGUCAGGCCGACCGGAGAUGUCGUUCGCUACACCGAUCCCACCUUUCGCACUGCAAAUCCACAUACUCGCUGCAUUACCGGCUGUAUCAAUGGCUACCUCCAAAGCAUGCAAGAUCUGGUUGACAUGAUCGCCGACUACGACCCUCCCGUUCUCUCCACCGGUGUUUCGGUUCCCGCAUGGCUGCAGCCAACUGUGUGUCCGGUCUGCAUCGGCGAUGAACUCUGCAAGAAACAACAAGAACUGCAAGCCACAUUCCUGCUCACAGCUGUUCCAGAUGUGGGCGCCAUUGUCGAGUUCCUGGGCGACCUCAACCAGCGUCGCCGUUUCGAGCUUGGCUACAGCUUCCAGCAGUUCGAUGAGCGUGAAUGGGGUAUGCACUUCGAUGAUAUGCCGGAAGAGGACGAAGAGACCGACGACGACCGUGACGAUGACCACUACGAGCACUGGGCGGAAGCAAUGGAUCCCAGCAGCGUGAGCGUCCCAACACGACCGGCAUCUGCUACUACUAUCGCUGCUCUUCCACGCAAGACCUUUGCUACUGCUGGUCUGGCAGAGGGUACCCAGUGCCCGGUCUGCAUUGAAAAGAUCGAGGACGAGGCCGUGCUAACAGAGCUUCCGUGCGGCCACGUCCACUUCCACCAGGUCUGUAUCGCUACUUGGCUGCAGCAGUUCAACACUUGCCCAACUUGUCGCGAGCAGGUCCCGGAGGUAGCAGAGCCUGAGGUGGAGCAUGCUAAUGGGCAGGUGAAUCACACCAUCGACGGCGAGGACGUUGUCAUGUCUGAUGCGUAG